AUGGAUGACAAUUUAGUUGCAAGUGAGACUCAUCAACUUGUUCCAUUGAAUUACUUUGACUUAAAUGAACUACCUCAAGAAGCACAAAUUGAUGAUGAUUUAAUUGCAAGUGAGAUUCAUAGAAGUGUUUCAAGGAAUUGUGUUGAGUUAAAUGAGUUUCCAAAUGAUGGAAAAAAUAAUAACACACGUGGAGGGGAAAUAGUUGAUUGGAAUGAAUGUCCAAUAGAUAAGGUUCACUUGAAGUUGGUUGAGCAAAGUGUCAAGCGAGAAGUUUUGCUUGAAUUGUAUUACACAUACAUACUUGUUGGGAAUCCUCCAAAGCGUUAUUUUCUUGACAUAGAUACUGGGAGUGACUUAACAUGGAUUCAGUGUGAUCCUCCUUGCAUUAGCUGUGCCAAGGGGGCAAAUGCUUUGUACAAGCCAACAAAAGACAACAUACUACCCUCCAAGGACUCGUUGUGCAUGGAAGUUCAGAGACAUCAAGCAGCUGGAUAUUGUCAAAGUUGCCAACAAUGUGACUAUGAGAUUCAGUAUGCAGAUCAAAGCUCCACUGUGGGGGUUCUGGCAAGAGAUGAGCUUCAUCUACUUAUGGAAAAUGGAUCAUGGAUCAAUUUGAAUCUUGUUUUCGGGUGUGCAUAUGAUCAGAAAGGCUUACUUUUGAGUACUCCAAAGACAGAUGGAAUCCUUGGGCUAAGCAGGUCUAAAGUUAGCUUACCUUCCCAGUUGGCAAGAAAGGGAAUCAUUAAAAAUGUACUUGGUCAUUGCCUCACUAUUGAUGGAGCUGGCGGGUAUUUGUUCUUAGGUGAUGAUUUUGUACCGCAGUGGGGUAUGUCAUGGGUUCCUAUGCUUAAUGGCCUUUCAAUGGAUUUUUAUCAUUCAGAGAUUAUGAAAAUGAAUUAUGGAAGUAGGCGUCUCCGCUUAGGUGUUCCAGACAGCAGCGUAGGACCAGUAAUUUUUGAUAGUGGUAGUUCUUACACAUAUUUUUUGCAACAAGCAUAUUCCGAUUUAGUUGCUUCUCUUGAAGAAGUUUCUGGGUUAGGACUCAUCCAAGAUACGUCAGAUUUAACGUUGCUGAUUUGUUGGAAAGCAGAAUCCCCAAUCAGAUCUGUCAAGGAUGUCAAGCAUUUCUUUAAGACUUUAACCCUUCAGUUUUGGAGCACAUGGUGGAUUGGCUCCACAAAACUUCAAAUUCCUCCUGAGGGCUACUUGAUUAUUAGUGACAAAGGCAACGUCUGCUUGGGUAUCCUUGAUGGAAGCAAAGUACAUGAUGGAUCAACGAUUAUACUUGGAGACAUCUCAUUGCGUGGGAAACUGGUCAUAUAUGACAAUGUAAAGCAUAAAAUUGGAUGGCAACCAUCAGAUUGCAUCAGGUCAUGAAAAUUUAAAUCUCCUCGGCCCUUUUGGGGAGAAGGGACUUCGUAGCUAGUAUGGGACGAAGUAGACCAGCUUCCUUUGUACAUACCGGCUUUAAGUUUUUGCUGCUCUUUUUGUAUAUAUUCUAUGAAGUAGUUUAUGUGAACUAUGCACGUCAUCAACACUCUUGUCUAUGAUAUGUAAGUAUGAAUGUAAAUAAAUAAAAAUUUUCUGGACCAUGAAACAUAUUCUGUAUGUAUUUUGUUAAUGAUGAUGUAAUAUAUUGUUCUUUAGGAUAGCAAGACAUUCAAUCCA